AUGUCUUCAUUACUCCCUCCUGGGGGAUGCGGGCUCUCUCUGUUGGCGGACACUUCGGACGUUGCCGGCGUAGCCCAUGCUUUCAAAAUUCUGAACGCAGACGACCCUGCAGUUGCAGGCUUUGUGAGGUCGACGUUGGAAAACGCCGUCCGCUUGAAAAUGCGGUGUACGCCUAACGAAGGGGACAUCGCCUGGCACCUUUUGGUCUCGCUAGAGGGGAAACUGUCGUUGUCCACCAAUCGCACAUCGGCAGCUUUGAGGCGAUUCGGCUUCUGUUGGCGCUGGUACCCUGCUCGAUGUAUGCUCUCGCCGGAGUACCCAGCAGGCGGUGUUCUGAUCAUUACUCCGAACGCCAAGCGGCAAAUCAUAGGCCGAAUGAAGGCCGCUGCUUCGGAGCACUACAUGUCCGCGCUUAUCGCGAACCUGGAACAGGACAAAGAAUUCGAUGCGACCUCCCGUCAUGGGAAGAGCAAUCGCUUCAUACUGACAGGUCAGUACCUCCGUUUCGCCGAUUGGCGCUUUGUGCAUCUCGCACACUUCGAUGUGCUCCCCAUAAAUGGAGUGCCUCGAUGGGGCGAAGGUAACCAGAGAUGCCUGCGGUGCAGAUACCAAUUGGAGAUGUUGCCCCACAUGCUCUGUCUCUGCGGCCCCCAAGCGGCAGUUACGCCUUUUUCGAGAGGCUUGAAGCGGCCUCCAGGCUACCCGAGGAAUCGUGAAUUAACACAACUGCGGGCAUUGCGUCCUGAUAUUGUGAUACCCGGGCCGUCCAGGACCAUCGUCGUGAUCGAUGUCACCGUGUUUUUCGAGUAUAAGUUCGAUUCGCUUGAAAAUGCAGGGAUCGAGAAGAUCCACAUAUAUCAGCCGGGUACAUCGCUCACGUUGACGGCUUUGCCGUGGGCGCCUGACACUCUCACAACAACACUCUCACCUCUUUGCUGCAACUCUGAUGAGUCGAUGCAUGUUCUCGGAGACCAUCGCGUGGUCCUGGGACGUGCACGUAGAGCACAUCUCGUGCAUCCGGCAGUACCGCGUGAUGAAGUCAACAGCGCAGGAUGA